AUGCUAGAAUGGAAUAAAGUUAAAGCACCUAUAUUACUAGCACCCGGCUCACAAGAUUCUUUCUCAUAUCCUACUCAACAAAAUUAUACAUUACCUAAACCCAACGUAUUAAUUUCUAAUAAUGUAGAGAACUUAACCAUUGAUUAUGACAUAUCUAACAUGAAUGAACAUCAAAACGUUGAGUUUAACAGUCAAGAAAAACUUGAGAUUGUUCCUGACUUAUUUGAUGGGGCUACUCAUAGAAGGUGUAGAUAUGCUUGCAAAAAUCAAGGAAUAGGCCAUUCAAAGAAAACAGCUAUUAUAGAGAAUCAAAAACAAUCUCAAACAUAG